ACCAAGUGGCAAUGGAAUGUCUCGCACUGAGAGACCUCACCAGUCCGAGGAAAGGUUUCGCGGUGGUGACGGAGGAGGAGGGAGACCGGGCCGAACAAAAGGAAAACAUCUGCACAGAGAGGAGGAGAUGCUCCCCGCUGAAAUCCCCAGAAUCCACCGUCCCUCCCCUGCCGACCCACAGAAAAGGGCCCGCCGCUGACCUGGCACACGUCACACCCAUCAAGCACGCCGCCCUGGCCGAGCCCUGGUCCCCCACGGCCAACCUCAAGAUGCUGAUCAGCGCGGCGAGUCCGGACAUCAGGGACCGAGAGAUGAGGAAGGUGCUGUUCAGGCCCAUCGAGAACGAGAAGGAGAAGCCGGCGAGUCCAGAUACCGUGACGGAGGACAUGGAGGUAGAAGACUCUUGUCAAGACGAGGCCGAGAAGAAGCCGAGCAGGAAGCAGAAGAGUCUGGGUCUUCUGUGCCAAAAGUUCCUGGCCCUCUACCCCGAUUAUCCGCCACCUAACAGCCCCAUCUGGAUCUCACUGGACGAGGUGGCGACCAGUCUGGGAGUGGAAAGGAGGCGUAUUUAUGACAUCGUCAACGUGCUGGAGUCUCUGACGAUCGUCGGCCGCAUAGCCAAAAACAGCUACACCUGGUACGGGCGCCAGCAGCUGGAGGCCACGCUGGAGGAGCUGCAGCGGAGGGGCCGGCAGCAGGGCUACCACCUCCAGAUGGAGCUGGCCGCAGAGCCCAGGGAGGCGGGGCCGGGACGCGAGGAUGACGGAGGGGACGUUGGCAACGGUAAUGGACAGACCUAUACAACUUCAACUGGUGGCAACAGGAAAGACAAGUCUCUGCGGAUCAUGAGCCAGAAGUUUGUCAUGCUGUUCCUGGUGUCCAAAACCCAGACUGUCACUCUGGACGCAGCAGCAAAGAUCCUGAUUGAGGAGAGUCAAGACUCGUCGAGUCACAGCAAAUACAAAACCAAGGUAAGGCGACUGUACGACAUCGCCAAUGUCCUCACCAGCCUGGGCCUCAUAAAGAAGGUGCAUGUCCGCGAGGAGAGAGGCAGGAAACCGGCCUUCAAGUGGCUCGGCCAGGUUGACUUCAACAACUCUGGAAGUGCCGGAAAUCCUUUCAACGUGGCAGCGGUCACUCCCGACGCCACACAGCCAAUAGCAGGGCAGGACCCCAGAAGAGCCAAGAUGGCACGCCACGCCUCCUUCAACAUCACACCCAGGUCUGUGACUGUUCAGCGGCUGGUCAACUCUGCCCCCAGCAGCCCACGACCAGAGCUAACGGGUCUGCCAAAUCAGCCUGUGGAUUAUUCCAGGAAGACUGCAGGCCUCAACGCAGUUUGUCGACUGCAGUUUGGAAACAGCUCAGAUAACCGUCCCAGUUUGGCACUGCAGCCUCACACCCACAGCAGCCAUCAACCUCCGUCCUCCGCCCAGUCCACCCGGGUGACACCUUCCAUCCCGCCCGAGUACCACUUCACGUCCACCUCCUCUCCCCACUGCUUGGCCUACCUGCCCAGCCUGUCGCAGCCGUCGGUGGUGAUGCUGUACGGGCCGUUAGACAAGCCCCAACAGAUGCCCGAAGGUCAGAGGUCACCCGGGUUGGCGUCUGAGGAAGGGAGGAAGAGAAGGAGGAAGGAACAAGAGGGGGAGGAGGAUGCAGUGGUGAAAAAGAAGGGAAUGUCUGGAUUAGAGGAAUGUGACAAGCUGAGAGGUGAAGCUCGGAGGGAAGCAGAGGAGCUUUCCACCAGAACCUCUACGAGUCGCCCCACAGGCUCUGAAAGAGCAUCUGAUGAGGGACUAUGUGACAGCAGCAGUGAGCCCACCCAGCCGUCACACUACCUCUACGUGCCCAACAAUGCAGGUCUGAACAGCCUCAACUUCUUCCUCUCGGCGGGCCAGAACCCGGCCAGUCUAGCACUUCCUUCCGGCGGUGUUCCCACCCUGGCACUGCCCUACGUCCUGGUGCCGUCCUCCGCCCUCUCCCACUACCCCCUGGUGGCCGGCGGGCUACAACAGCAAGGCUCGGACAGCCACCCCAAACUUAGCUUCAGUCUACCCGCAGUGAUGUCACCUGCCCACUUUACAGUAGGGGCGGCACCUUACAGCCUGGCGGCGGCAGUCGCUCCAGACAUUAGCUGGUCGCCGGUUCCAUCGCCGUCCACUCCGGAACAAAGCAAGCUGUACGGGUCAGCACUCUGCGCUCCACCUUCACCACAGCGACCCAGACAGAUGGUCAGCAUCAGCACAUCAGAACCACUGACUCCACAAACUCCAAAGGAGGCCCCAGCGUCUGCUACCAAGGCCUUCUUCCAGACGCCGGGCACCCUGGGAAGUGUAGUCAGCGCUGUUCCAGCUGCACGAAGAAGAGGCUCAGCACAGAGGCGGCUGGACAUCGGCCACCCAGCGACCACUUAAAGAUCUUUAGGUGGCUCAGAUACUAUCGUAACAUCCAGGUCCGGGUUCCUACAACGGGAAAAAAUGGUUUAAAGCCAUUGGUGCUGUGAAUUCAAUAAAUGAAUUCAGGUUUUCCUUUUGAAGUUUUUAGCAAAUACUGUUUGAUGAGGCCUAAUGGAGCCCAACAUUUUUUAACGACUACAUUUUUACCAAACUCUUCCACUAUUGGUCGAUAAACAGUUUAAACAUGCCCUGUGGUUCUGGUUCUGUUGUCGGAAACUUGACUUCAGAGAACAGGCGAAGCAGUAUUGCCAAUGUAACAGUGCCCUCCUGUGGUGGGAGUCAGCCACUGCUGUAUUUUGGAUUUUUUUGACACUUCUCCCUCUCGGAUGUGAUCCAAUCUAAACAAUCCCCCAUCACUUGUGUAUUAAAGCCCAAUUGCUAUUUAUAAUUUAGCUAAUAUAUGUCAAUUACAGGAACUGUAAUGGAACGACAAAUCUUUUUGUAGCACUAAAUCUUUGGAUGAAUGUACGUGUUGUUCCCGAAGCGAUUGAUGUUUAGUUGCCCCCCCCCUCCCCUCGCGUGUUGCUGCAUUAUCAUGGUGUGACAGGAAGUGGGACCGCAGCAGACACGCCUCUCUUGGUUCAGCUCGGACAUUACUGUGAGGAGAGAAUCACUAAAGCCUUAAAUGUUUACAGCCAGAAAACUGUUAGAGGACAGUUCUUCUGAGUCUCGACGCACAGAGAAUGCUUUGAUCGGGGAAGUGAAACAUUACUGGAGCUGAGGAUUACAACCAUAGUGCUUUAUGGUUCAACACCAAACCCCUCUAGCUGUGUUACUAAAGGACUGUGACAUGGGACGAUGCUCUCAGGUACUUGAAUACUUGUUUCACUAGAAGUAGAUUCUUGAGAGAUAUCAGAGUACUGUAAAGACCUUUAUUUUAAUCCAUUAUUUAUCCGGGGAAAGUAGACAGAGCUUUGGCUGUCUUUUUUUAUUUUCCCAUUAUAUGAUUAUUUUAUCAUAUAAUCGAACACAUUUAAGAAGAUGUCCAGCAUGAUCACAAUCUGCUGUUUGCUGGUGCCGUCUGGGUUUAAGUGCCUUGCUUAAAGGCAGAGAGACGGUUUUGCAGGGAUUUGUGUCGACAAUCCUCUGGUGACAGACCCGCUGGCUCGCCUCCGGAACAGCCCAGCCCCAAAAACACACAAACAAAUAAUGGUGCUUUACGGGAGUCGUCCAGGAGAACUGAGCUCCGUCACGUUAAAGGGUGCACAGAGAAUCCACUGGGACCGGUGGCCGUGUCGUCAGCGAUGCACAGUUACAUGUCCAUAAUUAUUUCAGUGUCAUGUAAUAAUUCCACAAUGCCGAAUGAUAACUGCUGCUUGAUUGUUUUGAGAAUAACGAGAAUUGCACUGCUUGCUGAGUAGAGUCUGUCUGUCUUCACUGCAGCGCCGCUCUGGAGUUUUUAACUGCUUCUCCUCUGUUUCUCACUUUCCACAAAUUAAAAAGAUACGAUGCCAACUG